GGCUGCCUACCCUGAGGAGCCAUGCCUGCCCUCUUGCCCAGACAUUCUCCUGACGGGAGCUUCAUCUACUGGCACCAAUGAGUCAUUACCUCCAACAGAGGAGACAUCUUCAGAAGAUGCUCUAAAUGCAGAUGCUAUAGAUACAGCCAUGACUGAUCAAGCUAAAAAUGUUAUCGCGGAUUUGAGCUCCUCAGUGGUGGCUUGUGGAGACUCCCAAAUGGUGUCUAAAGAUGACCUGAACGAGGAUGAUCAUGACCUUCUCCCCAACAGCAGUAACCCACAGUUCAAGAUUCUACACCUUGGGGAACGUGAUCUGCAGUUUGGGGAAGUGCAGCACCUGGAGACAUCUGUGUGGUCGGUCGAGUCACUGAUGCCGUAUGUGCCCAACACUGAGUGGCUGAUCCAGAACGGCCUAAUGACCCCCAAGAAGUCCCAAGAAGUCCCCCUGAGUCCCGUGAUCGAGGACCCCAUGAGUCCAACCCAAACGGCUGAUUUCUACUCCCUGCAGGAGAGACAGGCUAUCAUAGGAGUUGAACCUGACUCUCAUGACUCCAUGACUUCCUUGGAGUCCUUGCCAACAUAUCUCCCUUCAGCUAGUUGGCUGGCAGACUUUGGGAACGUCUACCUCUACCACAAGUUUCAACCCAAUGUUCGGCAACAGCUCAGCAUUUACGGGAACCUCCCUCUAGAUGAGCCUAGUCAAGAUGUCAAAGGUGGGCAGCCUGUAUCCCAGAGCUCAGGAGCUCCUCCUUCAAGACGCAGAGAGGAGAGUAGCGGGCACAAAAGGAGGACUGGAGCACCCAGUGAUGUGUCUGACCAUGAGAGUCAAGCCAUGUCUUCCCAGGGGGGAGGCCAUCUGUCCCCUCACCAGGGGCACUGCGUCUGUAACCACUCUUUAACCAAACGUAGUGCAGCUCCCUCAAGUCCCACUCCUAGUAUGAAGCGCCACAAGCUUCCUCACCCCCAGCGAGACGCUGCCAAAUCCUCAUCCUUUCCAAGUUGCAAGUGUGUUCCUGGUCGGGCAAAAUCCCCAAUCAAAGGAUCUGGCUCAGAUGUACCUGGGCGCCUGAAUGAGGAGGAUGACACAACUGAGGGAGAGACCUCUGAAAAUAGUAUUUUUUCCCUCACAGGGUCAAAGAGGGCUAAUGGUGGGCAAAAGAGGGCCUCCGAAUCCAGGAAGACCCAUCACCUCAGCCGGCACUCUGAGAAGUGCCCUGGGGCCCAGAGGCCCAAGCUCCGGGAGCAGAACUGCUCAUGUGAUGAGCCCAAAAGCACUCACUCUUUCUCUGGGCCAAGGGAUGGCAAUGGACAUAAUCAACAUAAUGCCUUUGGCUGGCGAAGGGGUGAGGUGGACUCGGUGAUGGCCGGCACAGAGCGACACAGGGUGGCACAGAAGGGAUGUGUGCAGAAAUACCAGGCUGAGAGGACAUGGAGAGGACCACUGACCCAUGAUUCAGCACCCACCAAGGGUGCGACCAAUCAGAAGAAACCAUAUUCACCGUCACAAGGAAAUCACAGAACCACACGUUGCUGAUUAACACUUAACCCACAUGAAAUGGCGUGAAAGCACUUUUUAAUCACAGUGUUCAUUAUUUAAUUUAAUCUCUUUUUGAAAAGAAUCUUAUUGUUCACAAUUUCACUCACAUU